UGGCCAUGAUAACUGCCUCCCAAGGACAUGUUGUCAUAGACAUUGAUGAGAGAGCCAUUCUGAAACCUGAGCUUCAAACACAGAAGGAGGACGAGGUCGACUGGUGGUCCAAGUUUUAUGCCUCUGUUGGAGAGCAGGCCAAAUGUGGGCCUUAUCUAAAGAAGGGAUAUGACACUUUAAAGGUUUACCAGCAUGAGCUAGAAAAAGUUGAGCAGUUUCAGGGUCUGACAGAUUUCUGCAGCACGUUCAAGCUUUAUCGAGGAAAAACUGAGGAUGAGGAUGAUGACCCCUCAGUGGUGGGAGAGUUCAAGGGCUCGUUCAAGAUUUACCCUCUGUCUGAUGACCCAGACGUGCCCCCUCCACCUCAGCAGUUCAGGGAGCUUCCUGAGAGAGGACCACAGGAGUUCCUGGUCAGGAUUUAUGUGGUGCGCUGCAUCGACUUGCAGCCUAAAGAUACAAAUGGCAUGUGUGAUCCAUACAUCAAGAUUGCACUUGGGAGGAAAACACUGGACGACAGGGAUAAUUAUAAACCAAACACACUCAAUCCAGAGUUUGGAAGGAUGUUUGAGCUGUCCUGCUUCCUGCCUCAAGACAAGGAUCUGAAGAUUUCAGUGUAUGACUAUGACUUACUGAGCAGGGAUGAAAAGGUUGGUGAUACGGUCAUCGACCUGGAGAACAGGUUCCUGUCUCGCUUCAGGUCCAGCUGCGGUCUGCCACAAACAUACUGUGUGUCAGGGAUCAAUCGGUGGAGAGAUCAGUUGAAACCUUUCCAGAUCCUCCAAAAUUUAGCUAAAGAGCGAGGUGUUCCUCCUCCACAUGUAGAAGAAGACGGCAGCUCACUGUCUUUUUCGGGAAAACAAUACAACUUGCAAGAUUUUGAAGCAAACUCUGUGAUUCACCCACACUUGGGCCCACCUGUGGAAAGACUGGCCCUCCAUGUGCUCAGAAACCAGGGUCUGGUCCCAGAACACGUUGAGACCAGAACCCUGUACAGCUCACACCAACCAAAUCUAUCCCAGGGAAAAGUUCAGAUGUGGGUCGAUAUUUUCCCCAAAAAGCUCGGCCUGCCUGGGCCACCGUGCGUUAUCACUCCACGCAAAGCCAAAAAGUAUUCCCUUCGAGUCAUCAUUUGGAACACAACCGAUGUUGUUCUGGAUGAAACGAGCAUCACCGGAGAAAACAUGAGUGACAUCUACGUGAAAGGAUGGAUGCCAGGAAUGGAAGAGGACAAGCAGAAAACUGACGUCCACUACAGGUCUCUGGACGGAGACGGGAAUUUCAACUGGAGAUUCGUCUUCGGGUUUGACUACCUGCCUGCUGAGCAGCUGUGUGUCGCAUCAAGAAAAGAGCACUUUUGGAAUCUGGACAAAACCGAAUACAGGUUUCCUCCUAAACUGAUCGUCCAGAUAUGGGACAACGACAAAUUCUCCCUUGAUGAUUACUUAGGUUCUGUUGAGCUUGACCUGCUCAAUCUGGUCCCUCCUGCCAAGACCCCGGAGAAGUGCAGCCUGAAGAUGCUGCUGGGGAAGAUAGGACCAUGUGCCACCUCCAAGAACUCACUCUUCUCCCAGAAGUCUGUGCGAGGCUGGUGGCCAUGUGCACUAGAGCAAGAUGGGAAACCUGUUCUUGGUGGGAAAGUUGAGAUGACGCUGGAAAUCGUGGAAGAGAAGGAAAUGGAGGAGAGACCUGCUGGAAAAGGUCGAGAUGAGCCAAACAUGAACCCAAAACUGGACCCGCCCAACCGCCCUGAUACGUCCUUUUUCUGGUUUACAAACCCUUGCAAGACCAUGAAGUUCAUAGUGUGGCGCAGAUUCAAGUGGAUUUUUAUUGGCGCCAUUGUUCUUCUGCUGGUUAUCCUGUUCCUUGGGAUCCUGUUCUAUUCCCUGCCCAAUUACAUCUCCAUGAAGAUUGUAAAGCCUUUUUCCUAAGGAGCACCUGAGAGAAGCUGAGUGCCUUUCUGCAGCCAAACCUACAUUCCUGAUCACAAACAUUCUUCACUGGAAACAUACAAUAACUUGAAUACUCUAAGUUUUCUUAUCAUCACUCUUUUUUCUGCACUCACAGUAUUGUAAAAUAAAUUUAAAAAUAAUUGUACUCAUGUUACAGUUUUAAUAAGAUCAGCAUUUUAUUAUUUUUAUGUAGAAAUUGUUACUUUUUUAUUUGAACUACUACUACUUUUUUAAAUGUUCUGCAUUAACACUAAAAUGUGCUUUUGUGUUCAUUUAUAUCUGCGAAAACAUGCAGUUUUAUAACAUUUGUUUUAUACAUUUUCAAAUGUUUUUGAUUCUUUGUUCAAAAAAGGUCUCUUAAUUUAAUAAAUAGCAAACUUCUUUAAA